ACCCAUUUUAGAGAUGUCUCGACUAGACGACGACCUAUUCAUACGCUCGACCCCAUGAUACAAGUAUAAUAUAGGUUAGGAAUACUCAACGGUAACGAGACUUAUAAUUGUGAAAACGAAACAAAAAAAAAAAAAGCUCCUCCACUUAGAAACAUACCAUAACAUAAGAAUAUAAGAACACAUCUAUCCAAAUAAGUACGUAACAUAAACAGGUGGAAUGUAUUGUUAUUUGUCUUCCAGCUAGGCAUCCUCUGCUUUUGACUCUCUUUCUUUCUUCUUCUUCUCCUUCUCCUUCUCUUUCCCACCUCUCUCUCACUAUCUUGAUUCUGACCCUUUUUCCUCCUUUUCUUCUUCUUUUUUCUACUUCUACUUGUACUAAUUAUACUUCUUUUUACCACUAUUAUCAUUAUUCACAAAAUUAUUACAAUUAAAUAAUAAAAAUCUCUCUUCAUUUCACAAUUUCACCCUCUAUUCUGCUUCUUCUUCACUGAUUCUGGGUUUUCUUUCCUCCAUUGUAAACAAAGCUUCAAUCUUUCUUAGAUCCCUACAUUUUGUAAUUUUAUUUUUUUUUACCAUUUUUUUCCCCAACCCUUUAAUAUUCUUUGGAUUUGCCGGCCAUUGAAUAAAAAUUAAAACUUGGGAAUUUUCCCAAAAAAAAAACCCUUUUGUCUUCCUUUUCACAUUUUGGUUAAUCAAUUUUUUUGAUUAUUUAAAAAAUAAUUUUAGUGGGGUUUUAAUUGAAUCCUUCAAAAUUACUCUACAUUUUCAAAGGUGUGACCUUUCUUCUUUAUUGUUGUUGGGUACUGCUAGCUUGCUUUAGGUCUACAUUGGCCUAUCUAUGCUUAUUGAGUUUGUUUUGGGUGGAAAGCAACCCCUUUUUUUGCUUCUCUGGGUUCUUAAGGAAGAAGAUCAAGGUGGUUAGGUUAAGAUUUCAUCUCCCUGCUAAAAAGGUGAAGAUGUUUAGGUUGUGCAACCUGUAGACUCAAAUAAGGGUGAGCUAAUUAGGCAAUUCGUAUUGGCGGAAGAUUAACAAUGUCAUCGGGUAGCUCAUUGAGUGCUAAACUUUCACAGAAGACAAUUCUGGGUCUUAAGCUGUGGGUUUUGAUAGGAUUAUGUGUUGGUUUGUUUAUAAUUGUGAUUCUUUGUAUCUUAUGUAUAUGGUUCACAUUCCGGAAGAAGUCAAGAAGGGUAGACAGGUUUUCCGUUUCUCAGAUUCCAAAUGUUACAAAGGAUAUAAGGGUUGAUAGAAUUGGGGUUCCGGGUCCUCGGGAAUAUAAUAAUAACCAUACUAAUAAUAAUAAUCAUCAUCUAUCCAUCAAUGUACAUGAUAAAUCAAGUGACAGAAAUUCAGGAAAGAUGUUUUCUUAUUUGGGUAGGAGCAAGUCCAGUGAUGUUGAAACUAUGAGCCAGUGCAGUUCGGUUCAUCACCACGAUAGGGCAUACAGCUCACAUUCUGGGGAUGAUGGAAGUUUUGGCACCAUUCCAAAGCAUGCUUCAUCUUAUGGCCUUCCAACAGCUUCUCCUUUGGUUGGUUUGCCAGAGAUAUCACAUCUUGGUUGGGGACACUGGUUUACUCUUAGGGAUCUGGAAAUGGCAACUCAUCAUUUCUCAGCAACUAAUAUUAUAGGUGAGGGUGGUUAUGGUGUUGUCUACAAAGGGCUGUUAGUCAAUGGAACUGAAGUAGCUGUUAAGAGACUAGUGAAUAAUAUGGGGCAAGCCGAGAAAGAAUUUAGGGUAGAAGUUGAAGCUAUAGGUCAUGUUCGACACAAGAACUUAGUGCGCCUCUUGGGCUAUUGCAUUGAAGGAGUUCAUAGGAUGCUUGUUUAUGAAUAUGUGAACAAUGGCAACUUGGAGCAAUGGAUUCAUGGAGCUAUGCGUCAUCAUGGUACCCUUACAUGGGAGGCUCGCAUAAAGGUUCUUCUUGGGACUGCUAAGGCGCUUGCAUAUCUGCACGAAUCAAUAGAACCAAAAGUUGUUCAUCGGGACAUAAAAUCAAGCAAUAUUCUGAUCGAUACUGAUUUCAAUGCCAAAGUAUCUGAUUUUGGAUUGGCAAAGCUCUUGGAUUCUGGAGAAAGUCACAUAACCACCAGAGUAAUGGGGACUUUCGGGUAUGUGGCACCAGAAUAUGCAAAUAGUGGUCUGCUGAAUGAGAAGAGUGACAUUUAUAGUUUUGGUGUUUUGCUUUUAGAAGCCAUAACUGCAAGGGACCCUGUAGAUUAUAGCCGGCCUGCCAAUGAGGUCAAUCUUGUAGAGUGGCUGAAAGUCAUGGUGGGGACUAGAAGGGCUGAGGAAGUUGUAGAUUCGAAUCUUGAAGUUAAACCUACAACUCGUACUCUGAAACGUGCGCUUCUUGUAGCACUUAGGUGUAUUGAUCCUGACCCUGAAAAAAGACCGAAAAUGAGUCAGGUUGUAAGAAUGCUGGACGCUGAUGAGGUUCCAAAUCGUGAGGAUCGUAGAAAUAGAAAGAGCCGUACAACGAGCAUGGAAUUUGAGAGUGUGAAGGAUACUGGUAGUUCAGUCGGUGAUGAAAUUAGUAUUAUUAGAGUGGAAGACACUGAUAGCAUUGCACCCAGUUCUAGUCAAGUAUAGGCAUUGACUGUAACAUGGUUUAGCUAAUAUUGGCCACUUCUUCCAGAAUGUAUGGUGCAGCCACUCAUCUUGACGCUUAACAAAUACUUGUGACUGGUUUACCAGCCAUCCUGUUCGAUUGCUGGUGCCUCCCUAGUAAGACCUGUUGAGAGCGUGAAAGUUUUCCUUAUAUGCCUGCCUUCCAUGAAUCGGGACAGGACAGGAAGCUGGGGAAUGAUUGGAAUGCUAAGAAGAGGAGAGAAACCUAUGUACAGAAAAUCAUCAGAUAUAAAGUUAAUUUUCAUUCAUGGUGGAACCUAGGUGAUUCUACCCGUUUUAGCUUUGCAUUUAUUUACUUAAUUUUUUUUUUUUUGUUGCUUUUCCUUUUUAAAGUUUAACAUCUGUAUUUAUUCAUCUAUGUAUGAAGUAUUUUGAAGAUUUUAAUUUUAUAAUUAAUAUUUGAUGAUA